GAGAGAACGGCGCAGAAAUUUUUUGAAACAGGCAGGCGGUGAAAGGAUCCCGCCAAGAGCAUGAUCCGACCUCCACCAUCCCAUCUCAUCGUCACGCUAACCCAAGCCCGAAAGGAACGUCGACCCUCUUUCCCAGCGUCUCUCCCCUCUUCCCCCUCCUAGUGUGCCAUUGUUGAGUGCCCGGCUUGGGGUUGCAGACUCACAUAUUUUCAACAUGACCAUCAAUCCCACCUAUCUCGCGCAGCGCACGCGCUCCUCUGUCAACUGGACCGACGCCAGGGCCCGUGUCCUCAAGUCCUACAGAGAAUGGCUUAGAGCGUCCCCCGAGAUCCAGACCAUGUACUCCCUGAACAUGCCCGUAUCCGCCAUCCGCACCAAGGUCCGCCAGGAGUUCGAGAAGCACCGCUACGUGAAGCAGCUCGGUGCUGUCGAUGUCCUGCUGUUCCAGAGCCACUCUGAGUUCCAGGAAACUCUUAACUACUGGAAGCAGCUUUCUCAUGUGAUGAAGUACUUCCGUCCAGAGGAAGACCCCGGUGCCCGCCUACCUCCUAACUUCAUCUCGGGCUUCUUGGAAGGCCGCAAUUGAAUUGAACUGUUCUUGAGUACCUUUGCAUUGAGAUUUCUACCUUGGUUCGGGGAUUGCACCGAUAGAGUGUUAUGUAAAUAUUGUCUGAGUAGCUAACGUCGGAUUUGUCAAGUUCACCGGUCUUUGAUAGAUGUAGUGUAAGUGUGGUACAAUUAAGUGUGACGGUACCCCAUUCUUACAAGUUCCAAUAGCCUAACAAAUUUGAGAAGAUACAUGUCGACAAUAUUGGAUUCUACUAGCUAAGGUCCACCCCAUU